UCUUUCCACCCCCCAAAACCAAGGGGCCCCAAUCGCCAUACGCCACCAUACCACGUAUCCCUCUUCAAUCUCGCACCAUGCCUUUCGCUUUCUCCCCCCACUCUCCCUCUAUUUAUUCCUCUAACCUCUUUCCCCAAUCUCUUCAAACCCCAUAAGAAAACUCCUCCAUUUUGAAGUUCGAGCCAUAGCAAAUUUUUUUGAUCUUCACCAUUUGUUUUGAGUUUUCCGAUGAAACCCCAUCACAAUUUUUUUUUAUCUUCGCCAUUGUUUUGAGUUUUCCGGUGAAAGUUUGUGACUCCCGACUGUUUUCCAGCCAAAUCAAGACUUUAGUUUUCUACCUUUCUCGAAUGGAUCUGAGUGGUCAAUGGCCCCCCCUCUCCUAUCGGCGAGGGGUUCCGAUUUUUACGAGGAGGUUGUAUAUGAAGUACUCUCUCUUACAGUCGUUUCUCUCUCUAAAGCAAGUAGCUUUUAUUGUUGUCUCUCUCUCUAAAGAAAGGAAAGGAUCCAGUGGGUGCUGCGACCUCUGAGAAAUUCUUCUUGUGCCUAACCAGGUUCUGCCUUUAACUUUUGUACUCUUAGAUCCAUUUUUUUUUAUCUUUUGUGAAAUUUUUUAGUUUUCUGGCUCUUCCUUUCUAGAGAGAGGAAACCCAUUUCUAUAGAGAGUUAGAGGAAGACAUAGAAACCCAUUUCUAGGGAGAAAAACUUGAUCUACUGAGGAAGUUUCAAUUUCUAGAGAGAGGUGGCAAUCUCUAGAGAGAGAAAGCCUGAUGGAGAAGCAAACAACCAGAAGCCUGCUCUUUGGAAAAUACGAGCUCGGCCGCCUCCUAGGCCAAGGCACGUUCGCUAAAGUAUACUAUGCCAAACACCUCAAAACAGGGGAAGGCGUCGCCAUUAAAGCACUGAGCAAAGACCAGAUCAAAAAAGAAGGUCUAAUCAACCAAAUAAAGCGAGAAAUCUCGGUAAUGAGACUGGUUCGCCACCCCAAUAUAGUUCAGCUCAAAGAAGUCCUGGCCACCAAAACCAAAAUCUACUUUGUAAUGGAGUAUGUAAAGGGAGGUGAGCUUUUUGCGAAAGUAGCAAAAGGGAGGUUGAAGGAAGAAGCAGUCCGCUCUUAUUUUCAACAACUGAUAAGCGCCAUUGAUCUUUGCCACAGCAGAGGAAUAGCCCAUAGAGAUUUGAAACCUGAAAACCUUUUGCUUGAUGAGCAUGAAAACCUGAAAGUUUCGGAUUUUGGUCUCAGUGCUUUACCUGAACAAUUGAGACAAGAUGGGUUGUUGCAUACACAGUGUGGAACCCCUGCUUAUGUUGCACCAGAGGUUCUCAGAAAGAAGGGAUAUGAUGGAGCUAAAGCUGAUAUCUGGUCGUGCGGUGUAAUUCUCUAUGUUUUGCUUGCUGGGUUUCUUCCAUUUCAAGAUGAGAACAUCAUGACAAUGUAUAGGAAGGUUUUCAAGGGGGAAUUCGAGUUUCCUCCAUGGUUUUCGACAGAGGCCAAAACCCUAAUCUCGAAGCUUUUGGUCACUGACCCAGAGAAGAGGAUCACCAUUGGUGAAAUCGUAGAGAACUCAUGGUUCAAAAAGGGGCUUUCAAGACCAAAUUUUUGGACAAUAGAGCCACCAGAGCAAGAACCAGAGGAAACUGAAAAGCUACCUUUCGAAACAGAGGAACCUGAUAAACCAGCUUUCUUUAAUGCUUUCGAGCUCAUUUCUUCUAUGUCUCUUGGGUUUGAUCUCUCAAACUUAUUCGAAAACAAGAGGAAGUCGGGCACCAUGUUCACUUCAAAACAUGGGGCCUCCUCAAUUCUCAGAAAGCUCGAAACCAUAGCCAAAGGAUUGGGUUUUUGUGUAAAGAGGAAGGGGUUUAAGGUGUGGAUUAAUAAGGAAAAAGAAGGGAGAAAAGGGCCUCUUCAUGUGAAAGCUGAGGUUUUUGAGGUGGCUCCAUCUCUUGCUGUUGUUGAGUUCUCGAAAUCGAGUGGUGAUACUCUUGAAUAUGCAGAGUUCUUUGAGAGACAAGUGAGACCAGGGCUUGGUGAUAUUGUUUGGACUUGGCAGGGUGAUGAAGCUCAUGCAGUGGCCUGAGACAGUGCCAAAACCUUGCUGAAAUUCGCUGAAACUUUGGGAGCCCGAAGAUUGGGUGGGUUGCAAUUAACUGAGACACUGGGAGCCAAAAGAUCGGGUAAGAUUUUUGGUUGUUGGGGAAUGGGAGGUCGAGAAUCUUUUUUUCUUUUUCUUUUUCAUUUGUGAAAAAUGGCCAUUUUGGCUGUAAGCUUGUGUAUUUUGGCUGUAAGCUUGUGUAAUUAGUGUGAGGAUCUUUGGGCUUUGUUAUGUAAGGAAAUUUUGAUUGUGCUAUAGGGGAUUCUCAGCUGGUCAGAUGGUGGUUUCUUGUGGGAUUUUGUAAAUUUUGCCAUUUUGGUUCGUAGUUUGUGUAAUUACAUGAAGAUUUUUAUGUUUUGUAGAUCAGUUCUUUGAGUUUUGUAAAUUAACUUUUGACUCUACACCCUAGGAUUGGGUUAUUAGCUAGUGAGGGGUGAGCUUGUGCUCAUGGAUUUUGUAAAUUUAGCCCUUUGGGCUUACUGACUGGCGCAUCUACAUGGCGAUGUUCAGAUUUUGUACAUUAAAGACAUGUAUUUACAUGAUUAUGUUCA